GUGUCCGUGACUCCGUUGCUACACUCAUUGCGUGUACCGAAAGGAGUGAUCGUGCAUCGUGUGGAUUCCUUUUUUUGCGCGGACAACACCGAAGGUUGGACGAUGAGUGAUCCAAAAAGUGGUGAAGAUUUGGCGACGGCUAUCCUUCGUAAGAAGGACAGGCCAAACAGACUGUUGGUUGAUGAAGCAAUUGCCGAUGAUAAUUCCGUGGUUGCGCUUUCUCAAGCAAAAAUGGAUGAAUUGCAAUUGUUUCGCGGAGAUACUGUGUUGCUGAAAGGGAAAAGGCGUAAGGAAACAGUGUGCAUCGUACUUUCAGAUGACACCUGUCCGGAUGAGAAAAUCCGUAUGAACCGCGUUGUUAGAAAUAACUUACGUGUACGUCUAAGUGACGUCGUUUCUGUACAAGCAUGUCCAGAAGUCAAGUACGGAAAACGUAUUCAUGUGCUGCCAAUGGAUGAUACUGUCGAUGGUCUUGCUGGAAAUCUAUUUGAAGUCUAUUUAAAACCAUACUUCCUGGAAGCGUACCGUCCUAUUCACAAAGAUGAUAAUUUUAUUGUACGAGGUGGCAUGCGAGCUGUGGAGUUCAAAGUUGUAGAAACUGAUCCGGGACCAUUUUGCAUUGUGGCGCCUGAUACAGUGAUACAUUGUGAAGGUGAUCCGAUAAAACGAGAGGAAGAAGAAGAAGCAUUAAAUGCUGUAGGUUACGACGAUAUCGGUGGCGUCCGUAAACAGUUGGCACAAAUUAAGGAAAUGGUAGAGUUGCCUCUGCGACAUCCAUCUCUGUUUAAAGCCAUCGGUGUUAAGCCACCACGUGGUAUAUUGUUAUAUGGACCACCAGGUACAGGAAAAACUCUCAUUGCACGUGCUGUGGCAAACGAGACCGGAGCAUUCUUCUUUCUCAUAAACGGUCCUGAAAUUAUGAGCAAAUUGGCUGGUGAAUCUGAAAGCAACUUGCGGAAGGCGUUCGAGGAAGCCGAGAAAAAUUCUCCGGCCAUUAUAUUUAUUGACGAACUUGAUGCGAUCGCGCCGAAACGUGAAAAGACGCAUGGCGAAGUCGAAAGGCGUAUUGUGUCUCAACUGUUGACACUGAUGGACGGUAUGAAGCAAAGCUCCCAUGUGAUUGUAAUGGCAGCUACCAAUCGACCGAACAGCAUUGACGGGGCACUGCGCCGAUUCGGACGUUUCGAUAGAGAAAUUGACAUUGGUAUACCAGAUGCUACUGGCCGAUUGGAAAUUUUGAGAAUCCACACGAAGAAUAUGAAGCUUGCUGAUGAUGUUGAUUUAGAAGAGAUUGCAGCAGAAACUCAUGGACACGUUGGUGCUGAUUUGGCGUCUUUAUGUUCCGAAGCGGCUCUUCAACAAAUACGUGAAAAAAUGGAUCUCAUAGACUUGGAAGAUGACCAUAUAGACGCAGAAGUCUUAUCUUCACUUGCGGUAACAAUGGAGAACUUCAAGUAUGCAAUGACGAAAAGCAGUCCGAGUGCUCUACGUGAGACCAUUGUGGAGGUACCGACGGUUACCUGGGAUGAUAUUGGAGGUUUACAAAAUGUUAAAAUGGAGUUGCAAGAAUUGGUGCAGUAUCCAGUGGAACACCCUGAUAAAUUCUUGAAAUUCGGUAUGCAACCGUCAAGAGGUGUAUUAUUUUACGGCCCACCUGGUUGUGGUAAAACACUAUUGGCCAAAGCGAUUGCCAAUGAGUGUCAAGCAAAUUUCAUUUCUGUCAAGGGUCCUGAAUUAUUAACUAUGUGGUUUGGAGAAUCGGAAGCUAAUGUCAGAGAUGUCUUCGAUAAGGCAAGAUCAGCAGCACCUUGUGUACUAUUCUUCGAUGAACUUGAUUCUAUUGCAAAGUCUCGAGGAGGCACCGUCGGCGAUGCUGGCGGUGCUGCGGAUCGUGUGAUAAAUCAGAUAUUAACGGAAAUGGACGGUAUGGGUGCGAAAAAGAAUGUAUUCAUCAUAGGAGCAACAAAUCGACCCGAUAUCAUCGAUCCGGCAAUUCUACGACCCGGUAGAUUAGAUCAAUUAAUUUAUAUACCAUUACCCGAUGAGAAGUCUCGAGAAGCGAUAUUCCGCGCCAAUCUUCGGAAAUCACCUGUAGCUAAGGAUGUGGAUCUAAGCUACAUCGCCAAAGUCACGCACGGCUUUUCCGGUGCUGAUUUGACAGAAAUUUGCCAGCGGGCAUGCAAACUUGCCAUUAGACAGUGCAUCGAGACUGAAAUUCGAAGGGAAAAAGAACGAGCAAAUAAUCCAUCCGCGUCUAUGGAUAUGGAUGAGGAUGAUCCUGUACCAGAAAUAACGCGAGCUCACUUCGAGGAAGCAAUGAGGUUUGCGCGUCGUUCAGUGUCCGAUAACGACAUUCGCAAGUACGAAAUGUUUGCGCAAACGCUUCAGCAAUCUCGAGGAUUUGGGACUAAUUUCAGAUUUCCACAAAGUGGAGCAGGUGGUGCUCAAGAUAAUACACAAGGCGAUCAAACCUUUCAAGAUGAUGGAGAUGACGAUCUCUAUAGCUAAGUUUUCGUUUCCUUGUAUGUCAUUACAGUGAGCAUACGACAAAAGGGCCUGUCUGUUACCACAUAAUAUAUAGCACAGGAAUCGUUUUUAAGUGAUACAAUUGAAAUAUAAAGAGCGUAAAUAAAUGGAUGAGAUAAAUGGAAAUUUUAUAUGAGGUACAUACAGCUUUGUGUUUGUAGAAAAAAAGGGCACAGACCCUAAUCCAUGUAGCUAAGAAACAUUCGGAUAUAAAAUAUCGAUUGAAAACUUUGUCCAUAUGAUUAUUUCCAUUUUUAUUAAUGGAACUUGAUCUUUUAGCGAUAUCGUUAUAUGAAAUUAUCUUUCCUUUCUUUUCCACGAAUGUGACAACAUGGAUGUAAUAGAAAUAUAAUCAUCGUUGAUUAACAAUUACAUAAUAGGAAGAUUAUUACAAAGUGGCGAAAUGACACUUUAUACACGUAUUAUAAGAAUAUACAUAUUACCCAUUGCAAUUUUGCUACGUAAUUUUACAUGCGUCAACGAUUAUGUAUUUUGUCGAGCUUGAACUCAGAAUGGACCCUUUUGCUGCAUUAUCACUGUACUCGAUGAGAUUACAUUCUGUUGUCCACACUCACACAUUGCAGUAAUAUAAAAAUUUAUGCCAUGUCGAGAUGAGAUUGUCAACUGAUGUAUGUUGAUGAUUUUACAAAUAUCCCUUGAUAGUAAAUUAAUCCAUAUACGACGAUAAAGAGCCUUUUUCAAUCUCGUCAUUCGAAUCAUAAUGAUUAUCUGCAUUAUAACGCAGUUUUAUAAACGUUGAAAUUUCUGAUAAUGAAGGAGCCGAAUAAUAUAAAUAUAACACGAGUAAAAA